AAACCAUAACGGUAUUUUCAUACCAUAGGGUGGCCUCUACGUGGAUGUAUUUCACUUUUAAGUGACCCCCUAAAUUAACUUGAUGUAGAAAUUGUGUACUACCGGAAAACUAUCCUGUAACAAAUACGCCGGCUAAUCUUCGAAUAAAUCAUCGAUCAAGAUGGUGAUGAAAUACUUCAUGAUCGAGGCUUAUUUUGGUUCAUCAGGUGCACCAGUAAUUCUAAAUUCAGUAAAUCUCAAGCCACAGUUAUAGUGAAUGCUAUAUAAGAACGGACGUUUUUGGAUAGAUGCAAUAGUCAAUACCAAAAUUUCAUAUUUGAAGGCAUUUUAUUUCUUACGAAAAGGAAAAUCAUGAAGAGUUUUGUCAGAAACAAAUAAUAUUCCCGCCUCCUUAUCACAAACUGUAACAUGGGCUAGCAGAUCAUACGGAAAUGAGAGGGAUUGUUUCCUACACAUCGUGUUUUACAGCCAGCACACGGAUUUUUAAAAUACGUCAUCCACAACACGUGAUACUCAAUGAAGCAAUAUUCACAGUGAUGAUAACACGGACAUACGUAACGUACUAUAAAAGUCCUUAGUUCUGGUUGAACAUCAAAGACGGACCGUGCGGGGAGGUGGAAGAUGACCAGAAUGAAUCUUACAUCUUUGUUAAUUGUUUUGGUAAUUCUUAAAGUUUGCCAUAGUUACAAUAGAGUGUGUUAUUACACAAACUGGGCUCAAUAUCGACCUAACAAUGGAAAAUAUGUCCCCGAAAACCUGGAUCCGUACCUCUGUACCCACAUUGUCUAUGCUUUCGCCAAAAUGAAUGGUAACAGGCUCGUGGCUUUCGAAUGGAAUGACGAAUCAACGGACUGGAUGCGAGGAAUGUAUGCCAAAUUCAAUGACAUUAAGGUAAAGAACCCGGCCUUGAAGACUUUGCUGGCCGUAGGUGGAUGGAACAUGGGUUCUAAGCCCUUCACUCAUAUGGUAAAGACAGUCGAAAGCAGAGCAGAAUUUACCAAAUCCACCAUUCAGUUCCUACGAGAAAGAAAUUUUGACGGCCUCGAUUUGGAUUGGGAAUAUCCCGCCAACAGAGGCAGUCCCAGAGAAGAUAAAGACAGAUUUACCAAGCUUGUUAUUCAACUCAGAUCGGCUUUCAAUCAAGAAGCAGCAAUGACAGGAAAGGCGCCAUUAUUGUUGACUGCCGCUGUGGCUGCUGGGAAAAAGAAAGUAGAUUCCGGUUACGACGUUGCUGCCAUAGCAAGUCACAUGGAUUUCAUAAAUGUAAUGACGUAUGAUUUACACGGACCAUGGGAAAAGUUUACGGGACACAAUAGUCCUUUAUAUGCUAGAAGUGUAGAAGCUGAACCCGAGAAUGAGUUGAACGUCGCUUGGGCUGCUGAAUACUGGUUCCAAAAAGGACUGCCCAGAGAGAAACUGAAUGUUGGUUUAGCCCUGUAUGGGCGAUCCUUCACUUUACAAGAUCCCUACAACAACGGAGUUGGAGCUCCUGCUAAGGGGAAGGGCAAUGCUGGAAACUACACAAGGGAGGCGGGAUUCUUGUCCUACUUUGAGGUGUGCCAGAAAAUAUCGGAGGGAGCUCAAAGACACUACAUAAAGGAACAAAAGUCACCCUAUAUAACAUAUGCUGACCAGUGGGUUGGAUAUGACGAUAUGGAGAGUUUAGCUAUUAAGGUUGAUUUCAUCAAAAAUAAGAAAUAUGGUGGCAUCAUGGUCUGGGCGCUGGAUUUGGAUGACUUCAAUUUUAUCUGUAAUUCAACCACUGAGACCUACCCUCUCUUAAGGAGGAUCAACCAACAGCUGGGUGUCACAAUCCCGCAGACCCCGGCAAAUACACGCCCUUCUUCUGGCCUUAGUUCUGGGUCAAAACCCUCUCGUACUCCUGGUUCUCAAAGUCCCAAACCUUCUGGGGGCAAGGCAUUUAAGUGUGAGGUUGGGGGAGAUGGUUACUACCCUAGUCCAUACUCUUGUGAAGAAUACUACAUGUGUAACGAUGGACACGCCCACCACUUCAAGUGUGCCUCGGGAUUGCUCUUCAACAGCCAGUUCAACUAUUGCGGUUGGCCUAAGGAUGUAGUGUGCGAUUUAGACGCCGCCCGUAAGAAAGCCAACCAAGCCUUAGUUAACGAACCCCAACCCGUACAUAUCGAACCCAAACCCGUACCACCCAAGCCAAAACAGCCGAUCCGGGGUACGCCUCCACCAGUUUACGAUACAGUCCCAGAUAACCGAAAUGCAUUUCAAUUCAAACCUAAUAUGCCACAGCAGCAGCAACCGGUGAUUAAGCAGCAAAUUGUUAAUCAGAAGAUACAGCAACAAGUUCCAAAGCAACCGAUUGUAGCGCCGCAACAGCCACGGCGAAAUGUGCAACAGCAACAACCCCCACGACCGAUGCCACAAAACCAACCAAGUGUUAUGGAUUCUGUAGCCUCUAACGACCCAUGGAACUGGUCGCCAUUCCAAGAACAGCAGCAAAACACUUUGCCAUUCUACUGGAAUAUGUUCCGAACCGAUUUAUCGCAGGAGUUUUGCACUGGGAAGGCAAAUGGUAUGUACGUCGAUUCCGACAAUUGCCGUGGAUUCAUAGAGUGCGUUUCUGAAAUAUCGUUCAAAGGAAUGUGCAGUCCGGGAAUGGCUUUCGACUCCCAAAGACAUUUGUGUGACUACGAACAAAAUGUGGCUGGAUGUUAUGAAGCAAGCCUUGUUUAAAACAGUGCCAUGGUUGAACACUGCAUAAUCAUAUAUAAUUCACUUGUACGUUGUAAACGUUGAGUCAGUCCCUAGAAAGAAAGAAAAAAUAUUAAAUUCGCUAGAAUAUUGCCGUUUUCGCACAAAAUCUCUGCAGUGUGUUAAAUUCGCUAGAAUCUGUUUCUAUUCUCGAAAAAAUUGUAACAAGCACGGUGAUAAUGUAUGGUCAGAUUUAAAUUUGUAAAUAUUUCUAGGGUUGCCUCUUCCAUUAAUUUAUUACGCUUUAAAAUACAAUCUGUCUUUUUCUUUUUCAUGGCUAAUAUGCUAACCAUGCACUUAGCUUUAUGUGAUUUGCUGUUGUAUAUAUAUAUUAAAAAAAAACAUACGUUGGCUCUGGGGAAUCCAGGCAUGAAUAUUUAUAAAAUAAAGGUUUUAACAAAACA